GUCACUGCCAGUGUCGGCGAGUAUCCGCAGCAGCAGCAGCACUGUCACUUUCACCACACCGGGGGGGGGGGAAUGUACUGACACUACGGACCAGACCGGGAGCGCAUCACCACCUCCAUCACCGUCACCACAUCCCCCUGCUUGUUUUCUGGGCUUUUUCUUUUUCCGGGGGUGCAAACGGGCUUUGAUUCACAGCAUCGCUCACACUUCGUUUGUGGAUUAUUGUUCCUCCUCAUCGACGGAAAGUGUGUGAAAUGGAGGAGUCCAGCUCUCAGAAGUUGGUGUGGGAUGGGGACGCCAAAGCGGUCCAGCAGUGUCUGACAGACAUUUUCACAAGCGUCUACACGACGUGCGACAUCCCAGAAAACGCUAUUUUCGGGCCUUGUGUGUUGAGCCACACGUCGCUGUAUGACAGCAUCGCCUUCAUAGCUCUGAAAUCCACCGAUAAACGCACAGCACCUUACAUCUUCAGGGUGGACACCUCAGCGGCCAACAGCACCUCAGAGGGCUUAAUGUGGCUGCGGCUGGUCCAGUCCGCCCGGGACAAAGAGGAACAGAACCUGGAGGCCUACGUGAAGAACGGCCAGCUCUUCUACCGCUCACUCCGCCGGAUCGAGAAGGACGAGGAGCUGCUGGUCUGGUACGGCAAAGACCUCAUCGACCUGCUGCUGCUCAGCUCCAGCAGAGCGCCGGCCAAGACCAAAGGUUCGUCGCCCCACUCGUGUCCAGACUGCAGCCAGCGGUUCCAGUUUGAGUUCCCAUUCUUGGCCCAUCUCCGGUUCCGAUGCACAAAGAGACUGCAGAGCAUCACAGGGGCUGACGAGGAGCCCAGCAAAGAGAGCAGCACAGAGCGACCAAACACAACCCCGACCAGGACCAGCCCGAAGCUGGGCCGCUCCGAGGGCUUCAGCAGCCCUCAGGACAACAGCAAACCCUCCACAGACUUUCAUAACCUGGCCAGGGAUCUAGAGAACAACCGGACCAGCCCCCCGAGCGACAAGGAGGCCGAGAUCUGCAGCGAGAGUUCGGGAAAGAGGAAGUUCUCAGAAAUAGAGGACAGGGAGUGUCGAGGGCCCAGCCUUCCGCAGACCAAGUCUAAAGACGAGCUAGCAACUUCUGCACAAAAUUACAGAGGAGUCUACGGCCUGGAGGAGAACCACAGGUCCUUCUCCCCAUCAGGCUCCACAGAACCUAGGGAGGGCAAGCGCAGCGCCUUCACGGAGGUCAAGAAAUCGCCCCAGAACCUCAACAAGCACCACAGCGGCAACAAAAACCUCCAGAGCUCCAACUCUGAAAACAAAGAUGGAGGUCGACCCAGCAGCAACCCAUCAGAGAAACACCUCAACAUCAGACAGGUGCUGUCGGAGACCCAGCCGCCCCAAACCUCGCCCAUGGGCAGUGCUUUCACCUCCGUUAGCCAGCAAGGCGGUGGCAGUGGUGGAGAGAGGAAGAGCGCCUUUAGUCAGCCAUCUCGCUCCUCCUUCUCCCAGAUCUCACCACUGGUGAUGCCACCCAAGCUCCUGGACUGCCACCCAGCGGUGGGUGACACCAUGUCUUCCACCAGACUCUACCAAGCGGACCACCUUGCUGCCAAGCUGCAGGGUGCAGAACUGGGUGCCAACUGCCCCGUGCCGGGUGGCAUGGCCAAGCAGAACCCCUUUGUCUAUGCCACCGCCUUCUGGCCCAAGAACUCCGGACCUAUCCAGCUUCAAAUGCCCUCGGCACUCACCCUCCUGCCGCCCUCCUUCACCUCCCUCUGCCUACCGGCACAGAACUGGUGCGCUAAGUGCAAUGCCUCUUUCCGCAUGACUUCGGACUUAGUUUACCACAUGCGAUCCCACCACAAAAAGGAGUACUCCAUGGAGCCUCUGGUCAAGCGGCGGCGCGAGGAGAAACUCAAGUGCCCAAUUUGCAACGAGUCCUUCCGGGAGCGGCAUCACCUGUCACGUCACAUGACCUCUCAUAACUGACUUUUAAAGACUGAUGAUGGAGGAACUUUUGUUUGACAAAGAGGGACUGUCACCCUGCCUGGAUUUAAGCACUCCGACUGGAGAUAGGCCACAUGAAAAUACUAAAACACCCCUUGCACUUGUUUUCACUUUGGACUUCAAUUAAUUAAUUCUUUUUCGGUCUGUUUACUUUUUCUCCCCUGUAAAAAUUGUCAUGUUUUGGGUGUAUGCAAAUGCGUUUUGACUUCAAAAAUGAAUCUAUUUAUGAAACACUUAAAAGUUUGAGAAUAAGGGAAAAUUUAAAUAUGUGUAAAUGUACAGUAAGUUGUAUUUUAUAUCAUAUAAAUGCAAGCAUAGAAAAGAAAUACAAAUGUAGUCACACAUCAUGGUUUGCAACGCAGCAAGUUUUUUCCUGUCUAUGAUAAAUAUGGACACAAAUACACAAAUUGGGGAUAUUAUGUCAGACUAUAUUUCAGAGUGCAUGUAAUAUUAAAUAAUAUUGAUUUAAGAUGCAGUCUAUACACUACAAU